AUGGCAGCCCUAACAGACCAUUUGAGCAGUACCAGCCUGCACCGUCAGGAUUCUACAGAACCAAUUGUGUACAAACGGUGGGUGAGUGGUAAACGCUGUAGGCUGGAGACCUUCAACCUCCCAGCGGACGACUUCAAGGAAAGAUUAGCGGAAGUCAUCAGUGAGCUUGCGGCGCACCACUUCGUCAGCAAGUCGCAGGCAUACUUGCGCGACCUGAAGGGUCAUCUACCCGACACAGAUGCCAUCGUUGUGAUGGACGUUGCCGAAAAUUAUAGUUUUAUGGUGCAGGACGCGCCGCAAAGUUUCCAUUGGGACAGCUUUCAAGCAACUGUUCAUCCGGCAUGCAUCUACUAUCACGAGCAAGGCGAGGUCGACGGUUCUCUCCACGUGAAGUCCUACGCCAUCAUUUCAGAUCAUCUCACACACGACAACCCAACAGUGUACGCUUUUCAGAAAACGUUAUGUCUUCUCGGUGUCUUCGUGGAAGUGACCAUCCUUGGUGGGCUUUCUUCCGAGGGAUUUGCCUGUGCAGCCCAACUGCCAUUCUUAAUACCCUAUGGUUUUGACGCGUUCCUGGAGUGCGACGACCUAGACUUCCAGGACCUCAAGUGGGCCUUCGCGGUGCUCAGUCUCCUGUGUUCGCACUGCGACCGCGGCUCUCACGCUGCCAAAUUUUGCGUUCAGGUUUCGUCACUCGAAAACUGUUCUCAGCAGCUGGAAUCCCUCGUUCACCUACUGGACGUCUUGGAGGCCAUAAAGGAAUUUGUUCUGAAUACGGACACCUUCCUUAGCCUACUACCCUACAUAACGGCGAUGGUUGAUUCACUGCGUGAAUCACAAUUAGGCAUCGACGACAUCUACAAUAGGGCCGUGAAGUUGGAAGCGUUUGCGACGAGUGGCGCCAUGCUGGGUAGACAACGUGUGUUGUCCCACCCGGACUUCAGAACUCUCCCAGUCGUUCCAGCAUCUGAAGAGUUGCUAGCCAGAGAAUUGCCUCAUUUGACGCCUAAUCGUGUCCGUGGGUCGUAUAAUAGCACGGAGCACUAUCUGGACGUCCAGUUUAGGCUGCUUCGUGAGGAUUUCGUCCGUCCGCUCCGGGAAGGGAUAAGGGAGUGCGCACGGGCACAGGAAGUCCGUGGAUAUAGAUACAGGAAAGAAAUAUUCCACAAGUUGGACGGCGUCAACGUCCAUUCCGGCGUUGUCGUCAUUUCCUCUUCCGUCAACGCAGAUGGAAGGGUAUACGUUGUGCAGUUCGACGCCUCGAGCUUCUCAAAGAUACUCUGGAAGGGAACGAGGCGCUUCAUUCCCGGAUCGCUUCUUUGCUUCAGUAAGGACAACUUCGAGACAAUCCAGGUGGCUACGGUGUCUCGUGCCACUCCAAGUAUGCUCGGCAGAGGCGUCGUUGAAGUCACAUUCUGGAAUUGUAGCAGCGCAGUCACGGGCCAGUUUGUUGUUCUGGAAAGCAUUGCAUACUUCGAGGGUUAUCGUCAUGUAUUCCAGGCUCUGCAAAACACGCACGUUCUUCCACUGGAAAAGUACAUCGUAGGUGCGGAAUCUGUCGUUUUCCAUCCAAGUUACGUGAAUAAUUGGACGACGUUCGACAUAACGUGUCUCCUAGAGACACCUGGUGGUACCCGCCGAAAGGUGACCCUCCUCGACCGAGACAGCUGGCCAAAGGCGGAAGAACUCCAACUGGACAGCUCCCAACUGGAGGCUCUUCAAUACGCGCUAACCCAUGAACUAGGCGUUAUACAGGGACCUCCGGGAACGGGAAAGACCUACAUGGGUUUGAAGAUUGUUCAGACGCUGCUGGAGAACGACGCUGUAUGGGGUGACGACCAAGGUCCCAUCUUGGUGGUCUGUUAUACAAAUCGCGCCCUGGAUCAGUUUCUGGAAGGCGUGCUUCAGUUCACGAAACUUGUUACGAGGAUGGGCGGUGGAUGUAAGAACAACGCCUUGAAAAUGUAUCAUGUCAAUAAGAAGUGUAAACGGACACACGCUGGUCGGCAGUCGUCUGAAGCUCUACGGAAGCACCUUGAACGAGUGAAGACGCUUUCAACAUUGUCACAGACCGUCUUGUCCGUACCUGAGGAAGAGGACGUUGUAAAACUGCUUAUGCAUGUCAUGAGCAAGGCGUGCUGCCGGUCCUUCUUCCAAGCGGUGUUCGACGAGCAUUCCUUCUGUCAAGUGUUCAGGGUGUGGUUGCGCCUGGAACAAACGAAAGCACUCUUCCUGAAUCAAUGCAGCAAAAAGGACAUGUCAUCGAGUUCUCUGUCUUCUGUCUUCUGCCUCCUAGGCAGACGAGAGCGCGAUGACAUUGAUAGUAUCCGCAUCUGCACUGCACCCGCGCACGUAAAAUCCGCGACCGCAUCCGCGUCGGAUGAAACAGAUGUAUCCGCAGUCACCGCAUGA